AUGGUGAACUUCCUUUCUCUUGCCCAAUUCUCGGAAGACUUUGAGCGCUUCAUACAUCACAGAGGCGAAGCAAAGCUUGUGAGGUCAUCCAGUCGUGAAAUACGAGAUGCUUUUGACUACCGGAGACUGCUACUCCCUUACAAUAAUGACCAUCUGUGCAUAAGGGAUUCAGGAUUUCUUGAAGAUAUAACAUCUUUUACAGGCAACGAUACUUCUGAGCUGGCUAUUUCGGACGGGGAACAUGAACAAUCGUCAUCUGCAGAGUCUUUUGAUGUCGACGAAGGUCUUGGGUUUUUGGCGUCUGAAGUGCAAAUCGACCCGCGCUUUCUUCGACUGUUAGACCACGAUAAUGAUAACUGGGAAUUACGUGACGACACUUCAAUCACUACAAAUGAUGCUCUCUUGUGGGGCGACGUUUUAUAUAAGUAUGAGCGUCUCUCCGAAUCUUGUGAAAGGAAUUAUUACACUGAUCUUGUUUAUGAAGGGGAGGGAGCUGAACAGCGUGGUUUGAGAAGCGACUACAGCACAUUAGUUCGAGAUCGAAGCCUCUAUGACGCUGAAAAGCCCGAUCUGCAGCUGUUUAAGGAAUUCAGAUCUGCUGACCUCAACCCCAGCAGAAUUUACACCGACCUGCUUGAGUUGCGCCGGCAUAAUUUUCAAAUUCUCGAAGGACUACGAGAAUCAAACCUUUUUAAGAACAACUUAGCUUCUUUCAUAACCGAUCAUCGGGUUCUGGAGCAUUUUCUUGUUCUUGCUUGUCAUUCCAGCAUCUUGGUCUAUAAGAUGAGCUCUUUAAUACUUAAGCCGAUGUAUUCGCCAUUACUUCGCUUCGAUACCAGACCUCUUGCGACUGCUCGACAACAUAUCGAUGCCGCGGUAUCGCAAGCAGACCCACACACGAUUAAUUAUGUGAAAUCUUCCACUUGGAUGGAUAAUGAGGUUCUUGCAGCUUGCACAGACGAUGGCCGUAUUUUGGUUUGGGAGACGAAUAGAGUGUUUGAAGCAAUAAGGCGAAAGCCUUUUUCACCGGGGGUUUACUACAGUCUUAGAUUCAAUGCUGAUUACGAGCUACCUCUUGGAGCUUCAUGCUGGUGUGUCGAUUUUGGUUCAGCCACAAAUGAGGUAGGAGUUCGGCAUCACAUUGUUGUUGGUUCCUCCAAUGCUAGAACGGUGCAUUUAUUCUACUUCAAUUCCAAGCAGUCUCUGUUUGAAGCUGUAGAGAGUCAAAAAUUGAAGCACAAUAUACCUGAAGUCUCGAUACUAAGGUAUAAUGUUACGGGCUCUUCUCAUGAGGUUGAGGUUUGUGUUGCUUGCAUUUCAGGAGAAGUUGGCAUCUUGAAAUUCAGCUUUACUGUGGACGAGCGAAUGCAAAGUAAAAAAGUCACGCUUUCUCGAGUAAUUGAGGCUUCUGACAAUUGCUGGACAGCCAAACCUAUACCGGACAUAUACUUCAAGCCUGUUUCAUCAUAUCGAUCGUUGACCGGUCUUUAUGACAUUGACGAAAAGCUGACACAGAGAGAUGUACACAGUGAGUCCUCCUUCUUCUGUCAUGGGCCGAUAGUAACAAAUAUUGCAGCAGGGAUUCGAUAUUUUCAUAUUCCUACGAUACAGUGGAAGAAUGCAAGAUAUCGCAAAAGAACGUAUAAGCCUUUUGACGACAUCGACGAUGAAUAUCGAAGAAUCAAAUUGUCUCUUUCGAGAUCUCUACUCGAGGACCAGAAGAAGUAUGCUUGCGACUAUCACAUAGCGGUAUCUACCCCAAAACAGGGAGCCCUAUUACGUGGCGACUCUCUACUUUGCGUCGCAUCAACAGAGGAGAUAUUUGAACUUGCACCAUCUCAGGUCGAUGAGAAUGACUUCGCACUGUGGGUGAAUAGAAUCUCUAUUACCCUCCUUAUACCUGAGCUUCUGGCUUUUGUUUUAGCCACACAAGCUGGAUUAGUAACUAUCAUGCGUCUUUGUCAAUACAAUGGGCACUUUUCCAUGAGGCAGGAGUAUGUUAUACCCGUUAUUCCUAGUCAACAGGACCCUGAUGUUUUAAACAUCUUGAAUCCCAUAGUUGGUGUCACUGCUCAGAAUGUGUCUGUCCUGGUCGAUUAUCCAAGGUACCUUCUUUGUGUAAUAUUUGCAAACGGAAAGUGUUACUCUUAUGAACUAUUCCAUACCGGUGAAGAUCGAAAGAUGGAUAUCAUCGGUUUGCAACUUUGA